AUGGCUCGUACUAAGCAGACUGCUCGUAAAUCUACCGGCGGCAAGGCGCCGCGCAAGCAGCUCGCAACGAAGGCCGCUCGUAAGAGCGCGCCCGCCACCGGAGGAGUCAAGAAGCCGCAUCGUUACAGGCCCGGUACGGUCGCCCUUCGCGAGAUCCGUCGUUACCAAAAGAGCACGGAACUUCUGAUUCGCAAACUGCCAUUCCAACGUCUCGUCCGUGAGAUCGCUCAAGAUUUCAAGACUGAUCUGCGAUUCCAGAGUUCGGCGGUUAUGGCGCUGCAGGAAGCCAGCGAAGCCUACCUGGUCGGUCUAUUCGAAGACACUAACCUGUGCGCCAUUCACGCCAAACGCGUCACGAUCAUGCCCAAAGAUAUUCAACUGGCGCGCAGGAUCCGUGGAGAACGUGCGUAA